AUGUUCAUUUACCAAGGCAAAUUCAACUGGGGCAAGUGGGCUCAAGAUGAGACCGCCGUCAUCAUCUUACCCUCGGGACCAAUCCGUGUUGGCGAUAUUGUCUGGUUUUUAUCUCAAUGGACUAACGGUUACCCCGAGAAGAGAGUCGAUAAGCUCAACUUAGCCUUGAGAAUCCCCAUCCAUCGGGCCCCCAUAACAAAGAAAGGUGACGAUACUAUCAACCCCAGCCCUGUGUACUUCAAUUGGGAGAUAACAUCUAGCAAUGGAUAUGAAAAGCUCCAUGUUGUUAUCUCCCGCGAUGGGGACAAGAGCGAGAUGGAGUUUAACCGGAUCUGGAUGCCCGAGGGAGAGUGGCUGAGAGAAUGCGGCCGUCUUUGGUUGGGUAAGAUCAAUUGGACCACGCUUGCGACUAAUGAGUUCUGCCUUUUUGUCGUCCCUGAGGGAUUCGGUGAAGGGCGCCCUGUGCAUGCAAUGUGGCAGUGGACUAAAGACAGCGAGGGCAAAGAAAAAGUGCCAAGCUUCCACUCUGCACAGCAGAAGAUUGCUUCUCUUGACGAUAAGGGUGCUUGGCUUUCUUUCGACGCCGGCUAUGAAGUCACCUGCAACUGGACCAAGGCAACUGAUAUUCUUACUGUCCAUAUGAAGGGACAGGAGGCGGACGCCGAUCUAGGCGAGUACAAGCUCCUGGCAGUUACCAAUCCUCACACCCAUGAAUGGGACGCCCCGCUCCCUCCGCCUCAGAAUGCUGAACUCCAAGUCCGCCUGCCCCAGCCUGAGCCCUCACUCCCUCGUGUCCUCGACCCUCUUCCUUUCCCGAUCGGAAUCAUCGAGAACUUGAGGCACGCAGUCGCCUACGCCGAUCAAGCUGGCUACCUUGUCAAUUACGCGCAUGAGCGAUUUAAUCAAUUGGACAUCAAUUUCCAUCUUCGAGGCGAGGUGAUUGAGGAGCGCAACGCUGCGAUCGCCGAAUUUAGGAUAGAGGUCAAGAAGCUUGAAGAUAACCUUACGGUUGAGAAAGCAAAAGUCACGGACUUGACCAAGAGACUUGAUGAAGCCCGAGCUACCUACGAAGCCAAGUUGAAGGAGAAAGACGAGGAAAUCAAGAAGGAUGAGGACCAGAUCAAGAAAGACCGCGGGCAUGAUAUUGACGACCACAAGACCAUUGACAGACUGGCAGCCCAACUUGAAUACGAACGCGCUUCCAAGGCCGAGGUGCAGAAGAACCUCGACCAGACCAAAACAGCACUUGCUGCGGCAGAGGCUAGUUUGGCUACUGCCAGCGCGACUAUCGCUAAUCUCACCACCCGCGUUGCCUCUCUUGAAGCUGAGCUUGAAGUUGAGAAGAAGGAUAUUGACAGGUUGCGGAAGGAUGCCAAGCAGAAGACAGACAGAAUCUCGCAGCUCGAGAGAAACAACGCUGAUCUACAGUCCAAGCUUAACGGAGCCCUCCAAGAUGUCAAGAACAAGCAAGUCCAGAUCAACGCCAAGGACUCAACCAUUCGUGAUCAAUCUUAUCGAAUUGACAACCUUGUCAAGGAAUCCAACGCCAAGUCGAUCACUAUAAGCAACCUGCAGUCGCAGAUCAAUAACCUACAGCAGCAGAUCCGAAACCUGCAGUCAACGCCAGUCUUCAAGUUCAGGUGCAACAUCAAGUGUCAACAGCCCAGCCACAGGGAGAUCGCGGUUGAUCUCACUAAUGGAGGAGGAGCCAGUACGCCUGUCCAAUGCUACUCCCUCGUGAACAAUUGCAAUCAGACCUGGGAUAUGUAUUCUAUCGGCGAUCGCAACAAUGUCGUAGUCAUCAAGAACACGCGUAACAACUACAUUCUCUGGUCUGCUGGACGCAACCAGAAGGCUCGAUGUGACCCUGGUAGAGACACAUCUGACCAGGCAGCGCAGUGGGAACUAGAGGGAACGACCCUCGACUCAAUUAACAACAACACCGUGUUCAAAAUCCGAAACGUGAAGUAUGGCAUGUAUCUCGAUUUGCAGCAGGGCGACACCUCGAACUACACGCCUUUUCUUACCUGGGAUGGCAAUAACGGAUUGAACCAGAAGUUCAAGAUCUCGAAGCACUAG